UUCUUCGGUUUCGUCGACUUCCGCCCGUGUCCAAGAUGGCGGUUGAGCGGCCUUCCUGAUCUUCACGGGGCUGGGCGGCUUUGACGCCUCAGCUGGCGGGGGUGGAGCGGUUAGUAAACAGCAAAUGCGGGAACUGCUGCGCCGGAGUCAGCCAUGGACUGGAAAGAAAUUCUUCGCCGGCGGUUAGCGACGCCUAACACCGGUCCGAACAAAAAAAAAAGUGAACAAGAAUUAAAAGAUGAAGAAAUGGAUUUAUUUACCAAAUAUUACUCAGAAUGGAAAGGAGGUAGAAAAAACACAAAUGAAUUCUAUAAGACGAUUCCCCGGUUUUAUUACAGGCUGCCAGCUGAAGAUGAAGUCUUACUACAGAAAUUAAGAGAGGAAUCCAGAGCCGUCUUCCUGCAAAGGAAAAGCAGAGAACUGUUAGAUAAUGAAGAGUUACAGAACUUAUGGUUUUUGCUGGACAAGCAUCAGACGCCACCUAUGAUUGGAGAGGAAGCAAUGAUUAAUUAUGAAAAUUUUUUGAAGGUCGGUGAAAAGGCUGGACCAAAGUGCAAGCAAUUUUUUACAGCAAAAGUCUUUGCUAAACUCCUUCAUACAGAUUCCUAUGGAAGAAUUUCCAUAAUGCAGUUCUUUAAUUACGUCAUGAGAAAAGUUUGGCUUCAUCAAACAAGAAUAGGACUCAGUUUGUAUGAUGUUGCCGGACAAGGGUAUCUUCGGGAAUCUGAUUUAGAAAACUACAUACUGGAACUUAUCCCUACUUUGCCACAGUUAGAUGGACUGGAAAAAUCUUUUUAUUCCUUUUAUGUUUGUACAGCAGUUAGGAAGUUCUUCUUCUUUUUAGACCCUCUAAGAACAGGGAAGAUAAAAAUUCAAGAUAUUUUAGCGUGCAGCUUCCUGGAUGAUUUACUGGAGUUAAGGGAUGAGGAACUAUCCAAGGAGAGUCAAGAAACAAAUUGGUUUUCUGCUCCUUCUGCCCUGAGGGUGUAUGGCCAGUAUUUGAAUCUUGAUAAGGAUCACAACGGCAUGCUCAGUAAAGAAGAACUCUCCCGCUAUGGAACAGCAACCAUGACCAAUGUCUUCUUAGACCGUGUUUUCCAGGAGUGUCUCACUUAUGAUGGAGAAAUGGACUAUAAGACCUACCUCGAUUUUGUUCUUGCAUUAGAAAAUCGAAAAGAACCUGCAGCUCUACAAUAUAUUUUCAAAUUACUUGAUAUUGAGAACAAAGGAUAUCUGAAUGUCUUUUCCCUUAAUUAUUUCUUUAGGGCCAUACAGGAACUAAUGAAAAUCCAUGGACAGGAUCCUGUUUCAUUUCAAGACGUCAAGGAUGAAAUCUUUGACAUGGUAAAACCAAAGGAUCCUUUGAAAAUCUCUCUUCAGGAUUUAAUCAACAGUAAUCAAGGUGACACAGUCACCACCAUUCUGAUUGAUCUGAAUGGCUUCUGGACUUAUGAGAAUAGAGAAGCCCUUGUUGCAAAUGAUAAUGAAAACUCUGCAGACCUUGACGAUACAUGAUCUCCUAAAGACUAGACUGUAUUCAUUACAAUAAGCUUGAAUGCUGCAUGUAAAACGUUUGAAGGAGAAUCCUUGGGAAUGGUCUAAAUAAAACACUUCAUAUGCCCAUGGAACACAGC